GCGGACGCGGGCGUGUCGUAGCAUCUCACCGUGACGAGUGACGCGGGUGAUCGUGCAAGCUUUCCGCGUGAAGAGUCCUCCCUAGGGAGUUUUCACGCGACCGGCGGCCAUGGGCCGGUCGAGACUCAGAUUCCGAGAAAUCCGCCGGCGCGACAGGUGAUCGCAAAAAAGGCGACCGGGAAGAGGCUUCGUCGAGACGUUACCUGCGGCUCCGAAAUAAUCCCACCUCGGAUAUUAUGCUAAACGCGACGCUGCCAGAAUGCGAGAGGAAGAGCUCGAGAUAUCACUGAAGGUGGUGAUAGUCGGGAACGGAGCGGUGGGGAAGUCCUCGAUGAUCCAGAGAUUCUGCAAGGGCACCUACACCAGGGACUACAAGAAGACCAUCGGCGUCGACUUCCUGGAGCGGCAGAUCGAGGUGGACGGUGAGGACGUAAGACUAAUGCUUUGGGACACUGCAGGUCAGGAGGAAUUCGACGCGAUUACCGCGGCGUACUACAGGGGUGCCCACGCCUGCGUGUUGGCGUACUCUGCGACCGACCGGGACUCCUUCGACGCCAUUCCCUCCUGGAAGCUGAAGGUGGAGAACGAGUGCGGCGAGAUCCCCACGGUGCUGGUGCAGAACAAAAUGGACCUGAUCGAUCAGUGCGUCGUGGAUCCGGAAGAGGCGGAGAGACUCGGCAGAGCGCUAGGGUGCAAGCUCCUGCGGACUUCCGUCAAGGAGGACGUCGGCGUCGUGGGCGUCUUCAGGCACCUGGCCUCGAGGUGCCUCCACGAGAUGCGCCGCUGCGAGGACGACUUCCAGGAGGACCUGAGGCUGUAUUCCUCCGGACCUAGGUCACCUUCCGUCAUAAGCGCAUUUAGUCCCAAUGGAUCCACCGGUGGGCGCAGUGCGGGAAAUGGAACGAUAGUCUUGCGACCUGGAGGGAAAGCGAGGAGCCACAAGAGGAUGAACUUCAUGAAGAACGCUUGCAGAGUGUUGUAGUCGCAAUCGUGGGUACUUUCGUUGCUCUUGACAUUCUGGCGAGGAUCACUGCGGGGAAAAAAAAAGGAUUUUCGAAACCAGGGAAAGUCUUAAGAAAGCAAUUUUUUUUUUUUUCGUCGGAUUAGAUCCAAACACGAGUCGCGUUACGAGACUCCUUGAAUCGGGACGAGGGGAGACGUGAAAAGUCGACGGAGUACCAAUGCUCGUAGUUUUAAGCAGCCAAUUGUAAAUAUGUAUGUACCUUAUUUUCAUACAUCCUCGAUUAAGAGCAACUAACGGUUCUCUUUUUAUGGGUCUUAUAAUUUUAUAACGAUUAUUGUAACGACGGCGAGAGAAACCUCUCGGUCCCCGACCAUGAACAACCAAGAUCCUCCAGUUUCCGGUCUUCGGGAAAUGUUUCUCCCGUUCCCAGGAUUACAAGUAUUGAAUAAAUGCUUUAAAAGUGCAGCUCGCUGAACAAAUAUUCUUGAAUAAAUACUCAUACGUUAAGGUG